ACCGUGCGGCCGCUCAUUCAGCUGACCCUUUUCUUCCCCUCUCCAUCAUGGCGUUAAGCCUUCAAAGUGUCACCCAACUUCUCUCAGGCGGGACCAUACCCGUUAUCGGGCUCGGGGUUUACCUGAAUGAUGAGUGCGCAGAAGCUUGCCAAGCUGCCUUGGAGGAAGGGUACAGGAUGAUUGACUCGGCGAGAUACUACAUGAAUGAAGCUCAAGUAGGGGUCGGCGUCCGACGAAGUGGAAUUCCCCGCGAGCAAAUAUUCAUCACCUCUAAAAUCUACCACCCCGACUUCGGGUAUGCGAGGGCCUAUGAAUGUAUCCAGGAAUCAGUGGUCGAGCUCGGUCUAGGCUACUACGACUUGUACUUGAUCCACUCCCCAACGAGUGGGAAGAAGAGGCGGAUCGAGACAUACAGAGCACUCCUUGAAGCGAAAAAGGAUGGCCUCGUGAGGAAGAUCGGUGUUUCAAAUUACUCCGGAAAGCACAUCGAUGAAAUUAUCGACGCGGGAUUGGAGUUGCCUGAUGUCAAUCAAAUUGAGCUACACCCGUUCUGCCAACAAAGACCUAUUGUUGAGUAUUGCCGGGCGAAAGGCAUUGCAGUACAGGCUUAUUCCCCUCUCGUGACCGGCCAAAUGGAUCACAAUGUAUUUACGCGGCUGGCGAAGAAGCAUGAUAAAGAUGAGGCACAGAUCCUCAUUCGAUGGUCGCUACAAAAAGGAUCUAACGCCCAAGUCUUUAACUUCGAGCUGGAUAAAGAUGACAUGGAUGCACUUGAUGCACUUGAUCAAGGGGAAGAAGGUGCGGUAACAUGGAAUCCGGUUAAUGAGCCAUGAUAUGAAAUGCACUAUGGCCCGAAGAGUUAACUUUGUCCCUAAUCUUAAAUGUCAGGUUGAUCGAAAUCAUGCUUUCAAUCUAGCCCAAGAGUGACGAAAAAAAGUCCGUAGCUCGGUUCACAGAAAGAGCGUCGGAUUGACAUGCUCCUAACCUUC